CAACAGCUGUCAGCCGGCAUUCAUUUGUUGUUCUGUGCAGUUUAUAUAAUAAUUCUUAUUUGUUGUGAAUUUAUUUAUUAACCCAAAUAAAAUGCUGAUGAGUCGUUGCUUGAUGGCCUUAAGGGUCGCCAGAUCCCAGAUGUCGGCCAACGCAGCCGGAAAACCCCAAAACCUUAUGCAGCGUUUCUACAGCAGCAAUCCGCCAGCAAUUGGAAUUGUGGACUACGAUGUGGUCAAGAAACUGCCCAGCGAACCGCAGAAGCUUCUCAUCGAUGUCAGGGAGCCGGAGGAGCUGAAGGAGACCGGUCAAAUCCCCGCCAGCAUCAACAUUCCCUUGGGAGUGGUUAGUCAGGAACUGGCUGCCAGUGGACAGCUUUUCAAGUCCAAAUAUGGCCGGGAAAAGCCGAAACCGGAUACGGAAAUCAUAUUCCACUGCAAGAUUGGCAAGAGGAGCCUCAAGGCCGCAGAAGCUGCUGCUGCUUUGGGCUUCAGGAACGUUAAAAACUACGAGGGAUCCUGGUUAGAUUGGGCCGAACGGGAGGGCUUGCCCAAGUAAACCUGUGGGAAUUCUGUGAAUUGGUGCAAAGCACCAUAAUCAUAAAAAACCCAAUUUUCAAAGUAAAAACAUUGCAUAAGUUUUGGCAAGU